CUGACUGUCAACAAAAUAAAAGCGAGUUUAAACUUUUGCGUCGAGCUCGUUAUUGACAACAUAUGGCAGCGACGGGGGAGCUUUGAAAGAAAAGUCGUUAGCAGCAAGUUGUAAUGGUUACUCGGACUUGUUUACGUGGCACAGGAGGCUUUCUUUUUGUUUUUUUCCCCCUCCUCAUUGACGGGGUCGCUGGGAGAGAUCGAGAGCUUGUAGUUUAGCCGACUUGCUAGCUGCCGUCAAGUUGGAAGAAAGUGGAGAAGACGGCUGCUAAACGGGAGCCUGCCCGACCUCCACACACUUAUGCGACGGAUAACAGGUGAGGGAUGGAGAUGAGAGAGUUGACCGUGGUAGCUGGAAGCUUUGUCGGUUUCCAGCUACUGUUUUCGGUGGCCAGUCCAUUACUCUCUUCCGCCAUCGCACCAAGUUAUGGAUUGCUACCUCCCACCAAGCACACAGAGUGGAACUCCAGGUUGGUGUCGACUGUCCACGCUCUGGUUGUGGGAUUCUUUUGUUUGUACAUCCUGUGUUUCGAUGAUGCGGUCAACUCCAAUCCUGUCUGGGGGGACCCCAGUAUGGUCAAAUUAAAUGUAGCCAUAACGUGUGGCUACCUGCUGUACGAUCUUGUGCUGUUAGCAUGUAAUUGGAGCACUAUGGGGGACAGCUUUUUCGUCUGUCACCACUUGGCGGCGCUCUAUGCAUAUGGAUAUGUGCUGACACGCGGCGUCCUUCCCUACUUUGCCAAUUUCCGUCUCAUUUCAGAGCUAUCCACGCCAUUUGUGAACCAAAGGUGGUUCUUUGAAGCAUUAAAAUACCCCCGCUCACACAGGAUGGUGGUCAUAAACGGCGUCGCUAUGGCAGUGGUGUUCUUCCUGGUGCGCAUUGCUGUCAUGCCAUCCUAUUGGGCCAGCGUAUUUGCCACAUUUGGCACUGCAGACUUUGAACGCCUGGGCUUGGGCGCCCAGGUGGCCUGGAUCACCUCUUGCGUGGCGCUGGAUAUCUUAAACACUAUCUGGAUGUACAAGAUCACUCGUGGCUGCUAUAAGGUGUUGACUGGAACGAAAGGUCGGAAGGCGAAAGGAGUGGAGGCAUCCAGCUGUGCGGACAAGAAAAAGCAUGCCAACAACCACACGGACUAAAAGAGAGGAGAGGAACACAAGCCGGGGAAGGAGGCUGCACAUCUAGGACCCCGUGUCUAUCGUCCAAUCCGAAACCUCAGCCCUGGAUCUUCCCGAAGUCAGCCAGUGGAGCGGGCUGCAAGUCCUCAGGUUCAAACCCUGACACAUGUGGACUGCCCUUUUGACUCAAUCCAGCACCAGCCUUUGCAGCCUCAGUGGUUUUCACUGGCAGAUUAGCAUUCUUCUGCUUUCUGUUGCAGACUCACAAAGACAUUUUUAACCUGCAUCCUGCCACUUCCCUCUCCUCGCAUUCAUUCACCAUUUACAGCUCCUCAUCUUCAUCUCCGCCUUUCAGUCUCCUCUCACAUCAACCAAAGCCCAAUCCUCUGAAGUGCCUGUGAAAGACAGGAAAGCAAUAGGCUAGUCAAGGUUGAACAAGACCACACUUUAUCAGCGAAAUCCUUCCACUCUGCAGUGCCCUUUUCUACUCCGCCCAAACUGCAGGAGAUGUAGCACUUGAGGCCCAUACUACAUUUGCAAAUCUACAGGGCUCUUGUCUGAAACUCACAAGACCUCACUUAACAAGGAAGAACACCAUAAUGCCUCGUCUACAGUAUUUCCUGCUGUGGCACCUGCCUUUAUCACCAGCCAUUAGACCCCCCCCUCCCCAGUGCUUUCCAAUUGGGACUACAUGUCUGCAUCAUCAGACCUGUACCUUUUUUUUUUCCCUCUUAUUUGAUCCCUCGUGACCAACUGUCCUCUAAUUUUGCAUAACUUCAAGCCCUAGUUAGUCUGAGUUACAUGAUUUACUCACAUUACUGUACAUUCAUCACAUCAUCUGCCUCACUGGAUUGGGCUUCACUGUCCAGCCUUAAGGUUUUGUUUUUUUUAAUUACAGUGGUACCUCGGUUUUUGCUAUUGAUUAGUUCCAAAGGUUUUGUCAAAAAUGGAGGGAAUUUUUCCUGUAAUUAAUUUAAAUCCAAUUAAUUCUCAAAAAACCUGAACAAAAAUCAAUUUUAUGGAGAAUAAUUCUAGUUAUACAUGCCAGAGAAUGAUGCGAAAUAAUUCUAAAUAACAAAUGUGUCUGGCGAGAUCGAAUUCAAUAGUGUUUUUCACCUUCUUCAUCAAAGUGCUGGCACGGGCAACUUUUUUGGCCCCCAUGGCAGGUUAUUUAGCGGUCGCAUUCAGCAAAAAAUGCACGGACAGUGCGUCAGGCAACGAAUCAGUACAGGGUAAAUGGACCAGUUUGUUCCGUGCAAUGCUGUACAAAAACCGAAACGUACGAAAACCGAGAUAAUUUUUCCCAUAGGAAAUAAUGUAAAUCCAAUUAAUUCCCCAAAAAUCUGAACAAUAAAUACAUUUUAUGGAGAAUAAGUCUUGUUUUACAUGCUAGAAAACAAUGAAAUAAUUCCAAAUAAUAAAUGUGUUGAUGCGGACUUCCCAUACGGGCUGGCAAUAUCAAAUUCAAUCGUGUUGCUCACCUUCUUUAUCAAAGUGCUGGCACGGGCAACUUUUUUGGCCCCCAUGACGGGUUAUUUAGCAGUCGCAUUCAGUAAAAAAUGUGCGUCCGGCACUCGAUUUUCGGGAACGAAUCAGUACAGGGUAAAUGGACAAGUUUGUUACGUGCAAUGCUGUACGAAAACCGGAGCGUACGAAAACUGAGGUCUGACUGUGUUUUCUUCUACCUCCCCUCUUCGCCCCCCUGCCUUAUGACAUCAGCAGUGUCUUCUUCAUGAGUUUUUUUUUCCCCACGUGUUUCCCUCUCUACUGUGAAUGUAGUGUUUGAAAUAUCACCGCUCGUGUGAGCUUUUCUUCACCCCUCCCUUUAGCCAGGUGCAGCGAAACAAGUGGCAUAAAAUAUGCUUUCCUGUCAGUAACUCUGAGAAACUCAUCAAGGUGGGGCCAAGUACAUGCGCGUCUUUUGUCUCCCCUUCUUCAGUAUUGUAUCGGAUGCCCUGCUUUAACAUCUCAUUUGGUUGCAGAAUUUCACCAAGCAAUAUGAUGUCUUUCAAAAGUCUCAAAAAGGAGAUUUUGUUAUUUUCUCAUUCAUUUUAGAUGAAUCACUCUUUGGAAUGUGGCAAUCUGCAUGUUUGUAUUUAUUUUCUGUAUUUCUACGAAGCAUGGGGACAUUAUCAGCCACGUUUGCACCAAGCUGAACAGUUCAGGUCGCUAUGGUAUGGUUUGGAUCUGUAAACCCUGAUCAGGCUUGCAUUUCCACUGGGGAUGAUAGUGAAUUCUUCCACCUCACUAAAAUGAUAUCGUAGAUCCCCGCACAGUCGUCAUGCAGCAUUCACGCAAAUUUGUGGAUUUUUGGUCCAAUUUUUUUCUUCUUCUUUUUAGUUUUUCCCACAGAAGACGCAUCUCAUGCAUUAUAAAUUGGUAAUAAUUUAUGAAUAUGUGAGAAUAUUGGUCAAAUUUGCAGCAAACAUGUACCGCUGCGAGAAAGUCCACAAUUUUUUUUUUUACAUCUGUAUGCUUCACGGAUAAUGUUUUUUUUCAUCCUGCGUUGAGAUUUUGCACUUUUUUUUGGCAGUCCUUGAAUGCACCAUAGUUUUGCGCUGCGAGAUGCAAACGUUGGCUACGGCCUCAAAACUUGCAGCGAGGCGAACACAACUUAGUUGAAUUCCAACAGGCAAGCAGUGUGGAUUAUGUAGACGCGGCUUGGAGAAACGCCUUAUCUAGCCUGCUACUCCCUAGCGCUGGGGUGUCCAAACUUUUUCGACUGAGGGCCGCACACUAAAAAUCAAAGGAUGCGAGGGGCCACUUUAAUAUUUAAUUUGUUUUUAUUUUGUAAAAAAAGACUUUAUAUUCUGUACAUAUUUCAAGGUUAGUUAUUUGUAUCAAGAUUUCAGCUUCUUUUUACGUGUUGCCUUUUUUCUCUAUUUUUCUCAUUUUUGCUGUUUUUUUUUUUUUUGGUUUCAUUUUAUUUCCACAAAGUGCCACGAGCCAAUAAAAAAAAAAACAAGCGUGCCACACUUUGGGCACCCCUGCUCUAGUGCUAGCCUCACAACCAGGCUAAAGGCUACACCGUGACUCCCGAUUCCAUCUGUUCAUUGAUCAGCUUACAUUAUCAUUCAUUAGUGGUGAGUACCUAUACUUUUUAUACUUUUGAACAAUGGCAAUUGAAGAGAGAAGGGGAGGGUUCUGAAGCUAAAUCUAACCUAAUAAUUAUAACAGUCACUGUUAUUACAAAUGCUGAUCCAAAAUCAGAGAACGACAAGUGAGCAGGAGGGGGUGGAGCGAGCCUUGUGUCAAAAAAACUCUUUUUUUUUUUUAAUGGCCAUAUUCAUUUGCAGUUUUUGCUGGUGGUCCUGGAACAUAACCCCUGUGAAAAGUGGCGAUCUGCUGCGCUAGUUAGAAAUAAAGAAAUAUAUAUAUCAAUAGAUUAUAAAUUCAUAAUCGUAACAUCACAUCAUAUAAGAAGAAGCACCUCAGCAACAAUAUUUGCAGUUUUGAAUGGAAAUGCAUACCAAACUGAACUGAACCGUACCGCUAGGUCGAAAUGAGGCUGUUGACAUAUUUCUGUGAAUCCCUCGGGGAAUAGUCAGUAAAGAUACAUAUAAACUAUACAAAAAUUGCACCUAUUGCUGUGAACAUAGCGAUUGCAUGUACUUGUAUACUUCCUUCUCCUCGCCCUGCAUGCAUGACAGUAGCUAUGCUGGUGCUCACACUGGAUGGCUAACUAACACACACACACACACACACACACACACACACGUACCACGAAGGACCGGGAAGAGAAGUCAACGGAAGGCCUUGGGGUGACCCUGCACAUAGAGCCGUCUUUAAAAGAUCGGGUUGCCCUCUGCAUGUUUCCUUUGUGGGGGAAUGUUGGUGUUUUUAGUGGGAAACUUACAACAAAAACAAAAACAAAAAAAACAAGCACACUCCCUGUGGAGCAAUAACUCUUGACCUCCUGGAUUUCUGUCUGUCACCACAGAGGAGAGGCUGACACAUCCGGUGCCUUUUUACAGAAACAUGGACAUUUUGAUAAGCAUGAUCUUUCUAAUGACUAUCCUCUGAUAUGAUUGUCAUUUAUGUAUUCCAUGUGUAUACCCCGUGUAUAUAUAUUUUUAUAAUCUGCCUGCACAAUGAUUAAUCCGGCCAAGUAUUAAUAUAAUCCAAAGAUGAUCAGGGAGGCUGUCAUGUGAUUGUUCUGUUGGCCUUUCCGAGACCGAGAGGGCCACGUCUCCAUGAAUGUUGUCAUCGGUUUAAUGAGCGGCAUUACAGUAUCCAAUCGAGAUGUAUUUAUUUUUUUUUUAGAUCUGAUGAUGAAACGGUAGGCUAAGGGCGCACCGCUUUUAGCCUCCUCAAAGCUGUGAAUGAAACACAACUAAUAGCGUGACUACGAAUAAAAAGACGCUUGCACAAAGUCACAAUGAAACAAGACCUGCUUGUUUAAAAGGACUGGACUGGUGAAAUGUACUUGUCAGGGUUAUUUUCUUCUCUCUUUUUUUUAUUUUAUUUUUUUUUAUUAUAACCUAAAACAGCUGUAAACAUCGUGCUUUAUCCCACAUGUCGGGGUUGUUCAAAAAUGAAUUCUAUCCAGAAGGCUGCUAUUGUUGUAAGGCAAUGAUAUGACAUGUGUACUGUUUAUCAGGUUUGAAAACCACUUUGCCUUUGUUUCUUUGGGGGGGGAGGCCAACAUUAUAACAUUAUAGUAGAUAUUAUGAGGAUACGGAAUAGAUAGCUACCAUCCUGGACGUCCUGCCAGUUGGAUGGUCGCUCCAAGGUACAAGGAAAUAGAAGCAUUAAAAGUUUGGUACUUAUUUGGAAGUAAUGCAUGGUUAAAAGCAUUUUGAUCCCAGGUACACAAAGGCAUUCAAUGGCUUGAAUUACAAAGUCGCAAUCAGGACAUUUGUAUACAAACCUCCUAAUUAAUCACAUUAUAACUGGAAAAGUUGUAGACGAAUACGUAAUCAAAUCAAUUGAAUCUUUUUAAUGAACUGCCGGUGUGUCUUGUGUUUCCUGUUUGUUUGUUUGGUUUUUUUUAAUGCAAUGCAAUCUUUUUUGUUUGUUUCUUUGUAGAUUUGUAUUUUCUUUGUGAAGCAACUGAGACCACACAGAGGCUUUUUGGUUAUUUCUCUAAGAAGUGGAUGUAUUGGUUGUUAUCUACAAUGAGAUGAAAACUUGAGAUUUACUUGAAAGUGUUCUUCAAUAAAGUUGAAGGCGAAGAGAAACUGCUGCUUUCUGUCAU